UUUUGCCCUUCGUGGUACUCUCCGCGCCGCUAAACCUAACCGAUUGUACACAAUCAUCAUGGCGAGCCUAGAUGGAGGUGAAGAAGUGCUAAUGGACACUGAGGCCCAGCCAAAAGAAGUUGAACCAGUAGAGGAAAAUACAGAAAAAACAGAGACUGAAAGUUCUGAUCACACAGAUGCAGUAAACGCCACAACUCAGGACUCUAGUAUUAGCAAUGGGGACGAUGCCGAUGACAAACAGGAGAAAGUGGAUUUGAAGAUUAUCUGGAACAAAAAUAAAUAUGAUCUGAAAAUUCCUGUUGAUAGCACCGGAGCCAAAUUAAAGGAGAGGAUCCAUUCACUCACUGGUCUUCCACCGGCAAUGCAGAAGGUCAUGUACAAAGGACUGCUACCAGAGGACAAGACGCUACGUGACCUAAAAAUUACAAAUGGUGCAAAAGUAAUGGUGGUAGGAUCUACGAUAAAUGAUGUAUUAGCUGUGAACACACCCAAAGAGGUAAUUCAGCAGGAAGUUAAAGCUGAAGAAAACAAGAAAGAGCCUUUAUGCAGGCAAAAGCAACACAGGAAAGUUUUGGACAAAGGUAAGCCAGACGACAUAAUGCCGGCUAUUAAAGGAGCAAAGGAGCGAUUACCAACAGUGCCUUUAUCCGGAAUGUACAACAAGUCCGGAGGAAAAGUUAGACUCACUUUCAAAUUGGAGCAAGAUCAGUUGUGGAUUGGAACUAAGGAGAGAACGGAGAAAGUCCCAAUGGGCUCCAUUAAAAACGUAGUGUCUGAACCCAUCGAAGGCCAUGAGGACUAUCACAUGAUGGCUUUUCAGCUGGGUCCAACGGAAGCCUCUCAGUAUUGGGUCUACUGGGUGCCUGCACAGUUUGUGGAUGCAAUCAAAGACACAGUCCUUGGGAAAUGGCAGUAUUUCUAAUGUGCCUCUUUUAAGACAAUGCUGAACUGAUGGAGAGAAGAGGAGCUAAUGAAAAAUCAAACUGGAGACAACAGUGAGGCUUAACGAACUCCUUCUUGGAUUAUAUUAGAAUGAAACAGACAGAUACCUGUGGACUAACCAGAUCCAUUUUAGGUUUAAAAAACAAAAAAUACAGCACUAUGUGGCAGCAUAUUUCUCAAACCUGUCAAUCAUACAAGGUUUUCAGAAAAUCCAAGGGACAACAAAGAUAUAAUUGUACAGAAAUUGCUAACACUUUUCUUCAGUUAUUCGUAAAGAAAUAAAUCUUAUUUAAACAAA